UGAUUUGUCUUUGGUGUGUGAGUGUGUGUGAGUGUGUGUGAGUGUGUGUGAGUGUGUGUGUGUGUGUGCGACAGAGGCUACUGUUAAUCUCCAUACUGCCACACUGUACGCAGGAGCUGAAACUACAGAGACAAUCCGUGUGUUUGUGGUUUAGUUGUUGUGCAUAUUAGAUGAGUUAGUGUUUGUUAGGUGUGUUUGUGUAAAAUGUCAGCGCUGAACGCUUCCGCAGGGACGGCUGUAUUUGUCUUGUCUCUUUUAUCCGUGCCUUUGUCCUACAGCUUUAAUCACCUCAUCACAACGCAAAGUAUUGAGACUGUCCUUAUUGCUGCUGCGUCAGUUGUUGUCAUUUUAUCCCAUUUGGCUCGAGUUCUGCUGGACCGGAAAGCUCCGACUGACCCCCUGUUCUACGUGUAUGCUCUGUAUGCAUUAGUGAGUGUAGUGAACCUCAUAAUAGGCCUCGAGCAGGACGGCAUCAUCGACGGGUUCAUGACCUUUUACCUGAAACAGGCGAAUCCUCACAUUAACACGGCACACGGUCACAUGAUCUCAUACUGGGACGGCUGCGCUCACUAUCUGAUGUACCUGCUGAUGGUGGCUGCAAUAACAUGGGGGGAAAGUUACCGAGCGAUCGGCUUGUACUGGGUCGGUUCCUUCCUGAUGCAAAUCGUUGUUUACAUUCCAGGCAGUGUGGUGGGUAAAUAUGGUACUCAGCUGAAUGCUCUGUUUCUGCUCCACCUGCUCUACGUGUGUGUCUCUGUGUGGGCCUGUUUUAGAGUGUUUAACCAGCCUGCAACACGAGACCUACCACCAACAAAUGUUCAGUGUGAACAGAUGAAGUCGCUGUCACAGAGACCUGUGGAUUUGUUCUUGGUGCUCAGCCUCUUCAUAGCCAUGACCUUCUCCGUUCUCAGAGGGCUGGUGGUGCUGGACUGUCCUGCUGAUUGGUGUCGUGAUUAUGUGCUAAAUUAUGAACCAUACCUCAAAGACCCCUCAGCAUAUCCAACUGUACAGAUGUUAGUGAACAUGCUCUACUCCACACCGUGUGUUAUAAUGAUGAUAUAUGGACUGUGUGUUCCGGGUUGUGAUUGGCUGCCAGAUGUGAGUCUGGUGCACGCUGGGGCCAUGGCUCAGGCUCAGUUCUGUCACAUCGGAGCGUCGCUACACACUCGGACUCCCGUCACGUACCGCAUUCCAAACGAGCAACUGCUUUUCUUCUUCACCUUCAACCUGUUCUAUGCUUUAGUGCCUCAGGCCCUCAGUUACCGCUGCAUCAGCUGUCCUGCCUUCUUCAUCAGCAAAACCCAAAACAGCCGGACUGACUGACCCUCCCUACAGCACCUACUCAGGACCGACCCUCCCUACAGCGCCUCCUCAGGACUGACUCCCUACAGCGCCUCCUCAGGACUGACCCUCCCUACAGCGCCUCCUCAGGACCGACCCUCCCUACAGCGCCUCCUCAGGACUGACUCCCUACAGCGCCUCCUCAGGACUGAC